UCCAAACUUUUUUUUUAUAUAUAUAUAAAAUACCGGAUGAGUAAUUUACUAAUUUUUACUUAAAUAUUAGUUAGAGUUUUUGAAUGUUUCAUGCCAUAUAUUUCUCUCCUCAUAGUGGAUCAUUGGGUGGAGAAGAAGUAUCUUGAAUAUUGUAGAAUGCGAUAAUAAGAAUAAUGCAGCGAUUAAGGAAUUUGAGAUCAAGCUCAAAUUCAUUUUCAGUCGCAAACGUUAAACGCAAAUAUCUCAAUUCAUGUGCUGCUAUUCAAGAUACUUUUCAUUCCACCAAGGAUACGUUUGAAAGACACCGCGUUGUUUUCACGGUUGGAACUUCCAUCGCAUCCGUCGCUACUGCUUUCAUCGGGUAUUCUUUGCGGCAUGUACAUGAAACAAGAGUUAAUGAAAGGCUCCAAUCCAUUGAACAAGCUAUGAAAAGCAAUGUAAAUCUUCGACAUUCUGAAAUCAAAGAUAUCGUUGGUCGUCCUGGAGGGGUUAGUAUUCCUGCUUGUGCAGCCACUGCCGGAACCACCUUACUUAUCGGAUAUGGAUUGGGAUGGCGAGGUGGAAGCUGGUACACAACCAAGAAGUUCAAAAGAGAGCAGAUGAAAUUGCUAGGACAGAUUAAACCUCGAAGAUGGCAAAUGCUUGGGAAGGUGACAACAAAAGAUGGUUAUGUUCUCAACAUGCAAAGAAUUCUACCAAGAGGGAAACCUGGAAAUAGUGUACCAGUUGUGCUACAGCAUGGACUAUUCAUGGAUGGUGUGACAUGGUUGUUGCUACCACCAAGUCAAUCUCUUGCAUUCCUUUUGGCAGAUAAUGGAUUUGAUGUUUGGAUUGCUAACACACGAGGAACCAAAUAUAGUCAUGGACAUACAUCAUUUUCUAAUAACAGCUCGGAUUAUUGGAAUUGGUCAUGGGAUGAAUUAGUAGCAUAUGAUCUUCCAGCAACAUUCCAGUAUGUGCAUGAUCAAACUGGACAAAAACUGCAUUAUGUUGGUCACUCACAGGGAACUUUGGUUGCAUUAGCUGCUUUUUCCAAAGAUCAACAACUGGACAAGUUGAGAUCAGCUGCCUUGCUUUGUCCAAUUGCUUAUGUUGGUCAGAUGACCUCACCAGUGGCGAAAAAUGCCGCCGACCAUUUCAUUGCAGAGUCACUGUACAAAUUGGGAAUUUUCGAAUUUAGCAUUAAAGAGGGAUCUGUUGUGAAGUUUCUUAAGGACAUGUGCAAGGGCACAUCCAUAGACUGCACCAAUUUGUUUACAUCUUUCACAGGUCCAAAUUGCUGCGUAAACCCUUCGAUAAUGAAUACUUUUUUGGAUCAUGAGCCUCAGCCAACAGCAACAAAGAACAUGAUCCAUCUAUCUCAGAUGAUCAGAGAAGGAACAAUAGCAAUGUUUGAUUAUGAAAACAACGAUGAGAAUACUAGACACUACGGACAAUCCACUCCUCCAAUAUAUGACAUGACAAGGCUUCCAAAUGACCUUCCACUCUUCGUCAGUUAUGGAGGUGCCGAUGCUCUUUCUGAUGUUAAAGAUGUGCAACUUCUGUUAGAAAGUCUCAAAGAUCAUGAUGCAGAUAAGCUUGUCGUGCAGUACAGAAAUGACUAUGCUCAUGCAGAUUAUGUUAUGGCUCAAAGUGCUAAACAAGAUGUAUAUGAACCUCUUAUAUCUUUCUUUAAGCUUCAAUGAUAGUUAAAGAACAACAUAUAGUACACCUUAUAGAAAAUUUUCAAUUACUUUGUUUCCAUAUCAAAGAAGAUAUUAGUACAGAAAUUUCAUAAUGUAAGCAUACAAAAGAUACUGUUAAAUUAAAAUCCUAUAUACUCUUCUGUUUUGUGGA